GAAAAAUUUUCGAUUUUAUAAAUUAAGAAUAACCUAACGAAUGCUACGAGUUUUUCUUUUCCCAAAGUUUUGAUUGAUUUAGUUAGCUUCCCUAAGGCGUUGUGUUCUCCAUCUGCACCAUAUGGGGAAUUGCUUAGCUGCAAGUCUAUGUAAUUCAGAAAUCAGUGAAUAUCCCAACUGAAACUCGAUCAUACAGUUUGCAAGGCUGUCGUCGCAUAAGUAGCCAACAGAGUUCGAAUCUCAAGUGCGAUAGCGUUUUUACUCCAGUCUUAGCAACCGGUCACUCGACUAAGAUACACCCUGUGCUUGAUUGGUUAUAUUAAGAAAAAGAAAAAAGGAACUAAUUUCGUCUGCAGGGCACGAUUCUUUUGUAGAUUGCUAUCGAUUCAAUUGUGUUUUCGAUAUGAAAAAAAAAAAAGAAUGAAAAUUAAUUUUUGCCCAAUGCUCUGUAGCAAUGUGUUUUGCAUUUUUCUUUGCUAGAAAGGCUCUCCUCGUGCCACAAAUUCAAUAUUUGCUUCCCCUGAAUAGCACUCAUAGAACGUAGCAUAGUCUUCAUUAUUAAAGCAUAGAGCAUUUCCUAGUUUAUUGAAAUAUUCUUUACAAGCGAAACAUAUGUCUUUGCGCGAAGCUUUGGAUUAAACUUGUGCAGUAAUCCUAAGAUAAGGCUCACCCUUGUGAAUUUUCCCGGCAAUCGUUUGGCAGAGCUACGCCGAAAACGUUUUAGUCGAAACGUAUGCAGGUAGCUCUUUUCAAAGAGGUUAAGAACGCAAAUGUUUCUGUUGAUCCGUUUUCGUUUAUGAUAAUCUGCUCAAUUGUUCCAAUUCUUGAAACCCCUUAUGCAUUGCUGAAAGCCAGAAUCCUAUAAAUUUAAGUGUUGCGAGAAGAGCAACCAACCAUCAAGCACCGCAUAACAGCAUAAAGUGAUGAAACUUGAUGGGAAUUACAAUAUUGGAGAUCUAGGUUACCGCCUAUUUUAUUACAAUGCAAUAUAUCGUAUUGCACAUACGUCCAUUGUACUGCUUGUAAGCAAAUUUUUAAUUGAAUUUAACCAAAAAAUAUACUAACAACGUAACCAAGAUACACGUUCGUGUUCUUGUUAUGCUAAAAGCGUCACAUAAUGAUGCAAUAAUGCAAUAUGCAAUGUACAUGUGUGUAGCAGUGAUAACUGCCUCUCAAACUCAUUACGAAUAAUAUCAUAAAACAUUUUCACAUCGUGUACUCAGUAUUUGAGGUUUACAAUGUGCGAACAAAGCAGAGCAUGAUAACCAAUAAGCAAACCGAAGCAGGAAAAACAAUAUCUGAGACGAUGUCGGACGAGGUCGAUUCUGACUACGUUAAUGAACAUUAUGCCAUUGCUUUGACAUAUCCUACAUUGGCGAACGUAUCGCUAAAACAUGUAGUAACAACAACAGCAAAAAAUAUUUCCCAGUUACAUAUAAAUGGAAAAAGUGAGGCUGUUAAAGGCGAGGUAAUAGUGCAGCAAACAAAUGCAGAGACGAAUGUAUUGAUGGCAUCAACACCCAUAACAGCGACUAUGUUUUUUGAGGAUCAUUUGCUGCCAGCUGUAUUUGUAAAUUCCAACAGCUUGCAAAACACAGCUAACAAUAGCAGCAACAAUGACCAGAAUAACAACAACAGCACCGAAAGUAACAAUAACGUGCGAAAUAGCAGCUCGAUGGGAAUGAACGCAACCGAUGACGUUAAUAAUUUAAAUUCGUUUUACUUCUAUGAGACCGAACAAUUUGCUGUGCUAUGGAUAUUAUUUGCGGUAAUUGUUUUGGGAAACUCUGCCGUGUUAUUCGUGAUGUUCAUGAAUAAAAAUCGAAAAUCACGCAUGAAUUAUUUCAUCAAGCAAUUGGCUUUAGCUGAUCUGUGUGUGGGCCUAUUAAAUGUGUUAACCGACAUUAUAUGGCGGAUAACGAUAUCGUGGCGGGCGGGUAAUAUUGCCUGUAAAGUGAUACGUUUCUCGCAAGCUUGUGUAACAUAUUCAUCUACCUAUGUACUGGUGAGCAUGAGCAUUGACCGAUAUGACGCCAUAACACAUCCUAUGAAUUUCUCAAAGUCAUGGAAACGAGCACGUCGAUUAGUCGCUGGAGCGUGGUUUGUAGCGGCAUUAUUUUCGCUACCCAUUUUGCUGCUCUACGAAGAGAAAUUAAUACAGGGACGGACGCAAUGUUGGAUAGAAUUUGCAACACCAUUGGCCUGGCAGGUGUACAUGAGUUUAGUUUCGGCCACGUUGUUUGCAUUUCCCGCCCUCAUAAUAUCGAUCUGUUACGCGGUAAUAGUGAAAACUAUCUGGGCCAAAGGAUCGGUAUUCGCAAGCGCUGCUGGCCGCACUGGCACCGGAUUUACGGAUGCCAAUAACCGACGCGCCAGUUCACGUGGCAUUAUACCAAAAGCGAAAGUCAAAACGGUUAAAAUGACUUUCGUCAUAGUCAUUGUAUUCAUAUUAUGCUGGUCGCCGUAUAUCGUGUUCGAUUUGCUGCAAGUGUUCGGACAUAUCCCACCAACGCAAACGAAUAUAGCCAUAGCUACGUUUAUACAAAGUUUGGCGCCACUCAAUUCGGCCGCCAAUCCCUUAAUCUAUUGCAUUUUCUCUUCCGCGGUGUUUAGAACAUUUAGCCGCUUUCCGCCUUUUAAAUGGUUUACGUGUUGUUGUAAGACAUAUCGUGAUAAUUCAACGCAAAAUCGUUGCAACACAGUUGGCCGGCGCCUGCACAAUAGCUGCGAUUCGAUGCGUACGCUAACCACUUCAUUGACGGUUAGUCGCCGCUCCAACAAGGGCAACACUCAACUAAUGAUAUUCGAAAGACCUAAAUCGCAUUCGCUAGACCAUGCCAACGCCAUGUCGGCGGUAUGAUAGCUAAAGAACUUUCAUUUGUGCGGUAUUGUUUAAGCAUGAACGAAAAAUGAAAUGCAUUUAACUUAACAUGCACUUAAAUACAUGUACGGGGGGGAGAGGAAAAUAGUAAAGUAAAUCAUUUAAAAUUUUUAAUAAACCUCAUUAUAAUCUAGUCAUUGUUUUUUGGAAAAUACAUUUAAAAUGAUUUUUAUUGUUACCUAUUAAGGCUUGCUAAGCUUGAAACAUUAUUUAGUUUGGACAAUAAAUAGUUAAGCACAAGUUUCAUUCUUCAUC